ACGAUCGGUGAAAUUUGUAUAAAUAAGCUGGCGAACGGAAGUGUGUUAUUAGUUCAAGACACUUGAUUGAGUUAAGUGUAGCCAACCGUUAACGGAGCCAAAUUGAAAUGAAAUUCUUUGUUGCUAUUGCCUUCGCCGUUAUUGCCAGCGUUGCUGCUGAUGUCAGCCACCUGAGCAACACCUACCUGCCACCAUCGGCUGCUGCUAGCUCCGUCUCUUCCGAGUACCUGCCACCAAGCUACUCGUCAGCUGCAUCUGCUCCCAGCGUGAUCUACGCUGCGCCAACCAGCUCGGUCUCCUCCUACUCAGCACCUGCCCGUUCCGUCUCUUCGUACUCUUCGGCUCCAGUUGCUGCCGCUUCGUACUCAGCACCCACAUACUCAGCUCCAUCUGUAUCGUACUCGGCUCCAUCACGUUCCGUUUCGUACUCAGCUCCAGUUGCUGCCGCUUCGUACUCAGCACCCACAUACUCAGCUCCAUCUGUAUCGUACUCGGCUCCAUCACGUUCCGUUUCUUACUCAGCUCCAGCUGCAUCCUACUCAGCUCCAGUUGCUGCCGCUUCCUACUCAGCCCCAACAUACUCAGCUCCAGCUGUAUCCUACUCGGCUCCAGCUCGUUCCGUUUCUUACUCAGCUCCAGCUGCAUCUUACUCAGCUCCAGUUGCUGCCGCUUCGUACUCAGCCCCAACAUACUCAGCUCCAGCUGUAUCCUACUCGGCUCCUGCUCGUUCCGUUUCUUACUCAGCUCCAGUUGCUGCCGCUUCAUACUCGGCACCCACUUACUCAGCUCCAGCUGCCUCUUACUCGGCUCCAGUUGCUGCCGCUUCGUACUCAGCUCCCUCUUACUCUGGUGUUGAUACCGCUUACGGUGCCAACGGUGGUUACAUCUACCGCAAACGUCGUUAGGAUUUCAAAAUCAUUGCUCUUUAUAUAUAUUUAUAUAUGUAAUUAUGUGUGUACUUUGGAAAGACGAAGCGAUAACGAAAUAAAAACGCAUUUGAAAUAAUUUUGUUAAGAAAA